AUGCAUUUCCCCUACGCGAUCAUCACCCUCGCACUGCGCCUCCUCACCGGCAGAGCAGUCCAGGCCCCUUCACACGAUGCACAACCACAACAACUCCCGCAUUGCCCCGUCACCGCCGCCCCGCAAGGAGACACCUAUGAGAGCAUCCCUAGCAACGCAUACGGGCAGCACAUCAUCGCCGGAUCCGACGAAACUAUAGUCAUCAACAAUAACAACAACAACGAAGAUGACUGCUGCUGCUGUGUGGACGACGAUCCUUCUCUGCAAGCAACAUGCAUCACACCACAAGAAGAAAGUGUCACCACCGAACCCAACGCCGCGGGUAGGGGGAGGACAGAGCAGCAAGGGCAUCGGCGACCAGCCAACGAGAGGUCCUUCCGAGGUCGCUUGCUGGCUUUUAGCAUUGCCUAUUAUUGGCUCCACCGCAGCCGCCACGGCCGCCGCCAGCACGGCGAGGAGUCGAUGGGAGAAAAAGCUCGCCGUCAGUGA